UAAUUUGUUUUAUCGCGCUUUCAAAUGUUUUUAGCAAGUUAAAAUUUAUCCUUCCACCCCUAGCAACCAGAAUUGACUCGUUCAUUUACAAUUGUCGCCAUUUUGUUGCAACGAAACAAAAAUAUAACCGGGAAAUUGAUAUUUACCUCGAGCAAAAAGUCACAAGAUGGCGAUGAUGCGAAGAGCACCACUUCAGACGGUCGCUCAGAGGGAGAGGCAGCUGGAAAACUCGCGUAGGCAAGAAAAUACGAGGGAAGAAACUGUUCGUAAUCUUGCUCGGGAAAGAGUCCUUGAGUCAAACAUGAAUCGUGAAGAUAGAAUUGAAAGCAAGAGGUUUUUAAGAAAUCAAAUGCAAGAACAGAAAGAAAGAGAAAUGGAAGAAACUAUCCUGAAGGCACAAAGAGAUAGAAUACAGCGCGAGGACCAAAUGGCUCAAGAGGAACGGCUGGCACGUGAACUCGAGCGAAGGAAGUUAGAUGGUAUUAGGGAUGAAAAAAUGAGACAACAAAUCAGGGAAACUAGUCUAGAAUUGAGAGAAUUAGAGGCAAAGUUAAAAUCUGCUUACAUGAAUAAAGAAAGAACGGCACAGAUGGCAGAAAAAGAAGCAAUGAAGUUUGAUGUUAUGAAACGUGAUGCAGAAAUCGCCAGGGAAAUGAUGGAGGAACACAAUCGUGCCGAGGAGGCGGAGCGCCAGCGUGAAAUGGAGCGCUAUAAGGAGAGUAUACGGUACCAACAGGAGCUUGAGAGACAGCUUGAGGAACAGGAGGAAAAGAAACAGCAAGCCUACGAGGAAUUCCUCAAGGAGAAACUCAUGAUCGACGAAAUUGUGAGGAAGAUUUACGAGGAAGAUCAAAGAGAAAGAGAGUUGGCAUUAAAAAAACAGAAAGCAACCCAACAGUUUAUUGCCGACUUCAAGCAGGCUCGGGACCAGUGGAAAGAACUGGAGAGACAGAGAAUGGAGGAGGAAAACAGAAGAAUCUUGGCAUUUGCUCGUGUUCAACAGGAAAGAGAGGCAGAACGUAUGUCAAAGAAGAAAGAAAAAGAACAAGGCAUGGCUAAAGUUCAACAAGCUUUGGCCCAGGAGAUUUCACGACAGGAUGAAGAAAGAGAAGAAAUGGAACGUGUCAGAAUGGAACUUCAUCUGGAAGAACAAGAAGAGAAAGAAAGACAGAAGGAACGGGAUUUGAUGGAGAGAAGGAUCCGACAGAGAUUGGAGUUACAAGAACAACAUGCUCAACAGAUGCACUUCAAACAGCUGAGACAGCAGGCAGAACAGGAGGAGGAAGAACUGUUCAGAAGACAGAUGAUGGACAAAUUCGCCGAAGACGACAGAAUAGAACAAAUGAAUGCUCAGAAGCGCCGCAUGAAGCAGCAAGAACACAAACACGCUGUCGAGAGACUUAUAGAAGACAGACGUGUUCAGUUCGCCGCCGACAGGGAACGCGAGCUUCUUGAACGUCGUGAAGCAGAGAAGAUGGAGGCGUUCAGAAAACAGAUUAUUGAAGAAGAGAGACAGAAAUUGUUGCAGGAACAUGCUAUGAGGUUGCUAGGGUACCUUCCCAAGGGAGUUAUCCAGAACCAAGGUGAUUUGGAGAGGCUAGGCCCCGAAUUUAAAGAAGCAUACCAAAAACGUCAAAUAGAUCCCUUCGAUGACGAGGCCUGGGAUAGAAGAUAGAGACUGUGAUAUUUUAUACUGAUAACUUAUGUUCAUUGGAUAUCUUUUUCUAUAAGAAUUAUGUUCAUUUUAUAAAUUAUACUUUUAAAAAAAUACAGGAAAGUGAAGAAAGGGAAAUUAAAGUUUAACAUGAAAACCUGAUAGGAAAGUUUUUGUUAUAAAUCUAGUGGAUGAGGCAACUAGUUUCAGUUUGAUAUAUUUAAAGUUAUUAUGAAAUGAAGAUGACAGAAGUGUAAAAUAAUGUAUAAGGUCAAUAGUAUUAUCUCUUAUUCAAAGAGAAAUUGGGGAAAACUUUUGUUAUGGAAAAGGCAGGUCAAAUAGUAGAUGCUAUUUGUGGAUGUUUUGGACAAAGAUCUGAUAACAUCAUGUUACUCAAUAAGUGAAAUUUUUAUGCUGUUUUGAAUUUUGUUGUUAAAGGAGAGAUUUUAUAUGUAAAAAUGUUAGGGUGACAAAAGAUUAUUAUGCAUAUUUGUAUUUAUAUGCCGACUAUUAUGAAAAGAAGUUGUUCCGUCCUGAUUUACACUGCCAAAUUCAGUUUCGGCUCGAGUUUGAUACAACUGGAGCUAGAACAGAUGAUAAAAACACUUAAAAUUUUAACUUAAUGAUAAUCACCACAUCUCUGUGAAAACCAAAUAUUAUUAAUCUAUUUAUAGGGUUUGUAUGUCCAGAAAAUCCCAUUUAAGCAACAUUCUUUGACAUUUUUCACUUUUCAUUUAAUAUUCUGUUAAGAGAUUUUUUUUUAAUGAACAAAAAGAACCUUCCAUAGAUUACAUGACACGUUAUAAAUUUCUGUUUCAUUGUUCUCAUAGUUUUAUAAUUAACCUCCAUUUUAUAUGAAAGUAUAUUUCUUUCAAUUUCAGUAUAAUUUCUAAUUUUAUAUUUCCAUAUUUUUCAACAAUCAGAACCAAAAAGCAAGUUUUAAAACUGUUUGUACCUUCGGAAGGUAUUUUUCCAGUCUGUCUUGGAGUUUAGAAUAGAUAUGUAAUUGAAAAUGCAACUCUGACAAGUAUAACACAACAGCUCUCGUAUUCAUAGCAUUCCCAAGACACUAGGUAUUAUCAAAUUUAUGUUUAAAGUAACUGUCUUUGUUGGGUAACCAGAAUAGAGAAAACCGAUUUAAGUUGAAUUAAGCACUUGGUGAACAUGAAUAAAUGUAAAUGAUCAGAUGUAAAAGUUUUGAACAAAUACAUUACUUUACCAAAAUUUGUUUUGGUUACCUUUAAAUAAAAGGUCUAACAAAUUUUAAGAAAAUCUGAACUGAAGAUGUAUCCAAAAAGUAAAACGCCAAAAAUGUGUACCUUUGCAGAUUGCACAGGUCAGAUCAAUACCUGUUGGUUCUGUUCUAAAGAACUAAAAUGGUUUAUCUUGUAGGAAUAUGCCUGUAUUGCUGAUUCUGUAAGAUGAAAUUUUUAUGAAAGUGUCGUUUAAACUUGUUGAAGUAAAUCUGAUGCUUGUAUAAAAAAAGAAACUGUUAGACUUGUGUACCUUUAUUUGUUGUAAAGUGUGAAUCUGGGUAGAUUUGCGCUUAUUUUUAUAUAAGGAUUUGAUAAAAUAAAGUGAUAUAUUAAGUAUG